AUGGCAUCCUCAGACCUGGAAGGCUUAUGCACGCAUAUCAACAUGAAGAUUUCAGCUAUUAAAAAGACUCUUCAAUUAAGAAACAUUGGUCAAGAGCCAUCCUUCAGAUCUAUGCUCUGUAACAUAGGGAACGAGAUGUAUCUCUUGCAUGAUCUCCUGAAUAAAAUGGAAGAGGAAGUUCAACAGCAAGAAAAACUGAAAAAUUUGCUAAAGGAGCUCCAGAAGUCUGCUGAAAGAGAUCUAGAUGAAGCACGGCACCUCUCUGAAAACAUUCCUACCUAUCUGCCUAAACCAACUGCGUGCUGCACCACUAAGCGAACUGAGAAACCUGAAGAAGAACCAAAAGUUGUAGAAUCUGAACGUGCAAAGAAAACUACAAAAAAGCCAAUACCUGUUAAAAAAGUACCAUUAAUAACUAUAGAAGAAUUUCAAAGUGUUCCCACGUAUAUGAAAGGUCGUUUGACGUACAAUCAGGUUAACGCAGUUGUUACGGAUAUUAACAAGGCGGUGGUGGGCAAGUACAAGAUCCUGCAUCAGCCUUUGAAAUCUAUGAAUGCAGCAGUCAGGAAUCUCUACCACAGGUUCCUGAAAGACGAAACUAAGGAUACAAAAGGUGAAUUUUUUGUUGUGGAGGCUGAUAUCGAAGAGUUCGCUAAUCUGAAAAUGGAUAAGCGCUUCCAUACGAUCCUCAAUAUCCUGCGCCACUGCCAGAGAUUGAGAGAAGUUCGUGGCUCAAACCUUGUCCGCUACGUCAUCUGCUAA